GAGAGAGAGAGAGAGAGAGUGUUGUGGUUUUAAAUUAUAAUACUGUAUGUAAAUCAUCUGCUUCUUUGUGUGGUAAUCAGAAAAAAUACGGUACUAAAAACAGAAGAGGCGGGGUUAUGUCGUUUUACGGAAUAUUUGACGCCUUGCUUUAAACCAAGUGCAGACGUGAUAAAUAGUGAGACAACUUCUGGCACACAGCAGGAUCAUCGGCUAGACAAGACUCCGUGGUGUAUGCAGAUUCAGAUCAACAGUUGGAUCUCUAGGAUAAAAGUGAGUAUAUACACAUCUGCCUCAAAAUUUCAACAAGAUGACGCUUGGGCAUUGCUGGUCCUUCAAGCACAGCAGAAUGUUCCCUGUGGAUAGAAUGAGAACCUUCGGGAUUUCAGGAUACGAAGUCUAGCAACACAACAUCAGAAGAUACAGCAUGGGUUUUAUUUUCCACCCGACGGGAUCCAAUUUUUAAGAAGAUUCAUAUCUGGCAUGCACCACUUUGAAAUGAAUGCGGCUUACAUAACUAUUGAGUUAAUUAUUGCCGUUCUUGCCAUCAUUGGCAAUGUCUUGGUGUGCUGGGCUGUGGCCAUCAACACUACACUGAAAAACGCAACUAACUACUUUUUAGUAUCACUGGCAGUGGCAGAUAUUCUGGUUGGGUUUCUUGCCAUCCCCUUUGCCAUAACAAUUAGCAUUGGGUUCAAUACUGACUUCCACGGCUGUCUGUUUUUAGCCUGUUUUGUGCUGGUUCUGACCCAAAGUUCAAUCUUUAGCCUGUUGGCUGUUGCUGUUGACAGGUACCUGGCCGUCAAAAUCCCACUCAGGUACAAGGAGCUGGUAACCGGGAAGCGGGCCAGGGAAAUCAUCGCCGUCUUGUGGAUUCUUUCCUUCGUGAUUGGCCUGAUCCCGUUCCUGGGCUGGAAUAAGAAAGACGAGGCGUGCUACUCCAACACCACAAACCAGACCCACAGAAACGAGUCGUCCCACAGCAACGUCAGCUGCCAUGUCCCGUGCCUCUUCGAGAAGGUGGUAGACAUGAGCUACAUGGUCUACUUUAACUUCUUGGGCUGCGUCUUGCUGCCUCUGCUCAUAAUGCUGGGGAUCUACAUCAAGAUCUUCAUGGUGGCCCGCAAGCAGCUGAGGCAGAUCGAGCUCAAUUGCAUCAAUGGGGACCACUCGCGCAGACGGCUCCAAAAAGAAAUCAACGCUGCCAAGUCCUUAUCCAUCAUUGUGGGCCUGUUUGCCCUCUGCUGGCUUCCUGUCCACAUUUUAAACUGCCUCACCCUGUUUUAUAAAGACUUUGUCAAUACGAAGCCGGAAUUGGUGAUGUACGUGGCCAUCAUCUUCUCCCACGCCAACUCUGUGGUGAACCCCAUCAUAUACGCCUACAGGAUCCGUGAUUUCCGCAACACCUUCCGCAAGAUCAUUUACAAGCACAUUCUCUGCCAAAAGGACAAAGUGUACAAGAGCACCAAUGGCAGUACAUACAACAGAGACGGGAUUGAGAGAAACACGACGGUUCUGUUACUGUAGUAAACCGUGACAACUAAAAACUCGUAACAUCGUUCCGUGUGUUGUCGCUAAAUGUUUACAGGAGAAAAGGCAGACAUCAGGUGUCGUUUUGAAAUAAUGUGACGAGCUCAAUGCCUUUUACUGAUGGGUUUUAGUUUGUUUUUUCUGAAGUCUGAAAAACACAGCACAGACCCGUGGAGACGAGGAAGACUUUUUUUUUCUUUUUCUCUCAUGACAACUGCAUGUAGUCUCCUUUACAUAAUCUACCCCCAGAUUCAGAGAGUCAGUGGUAUGGAAGCUGGUGGUUUGCCCAGUCUAAUUCGUUCAAUGUUCAUUCUGCCAACCCAACACUAUCAAAUUGUGUUGGGUUAAUUAAAGGCAUCUGUUUUUACUCUGAGCUUUAAACGUUUCAACACCCAUUAUUUCCAAUGGGACCUAAUGGUUCAAUUCGAAUGGAAACCCUGGCUGCCUUCCCCUAUUCUUCAGUGUCUAAUGACAGAUAUAUUCAGUGUGGCUGCUGAUCUGUGGCUAGUUAAAGCUGCAGUAUCCCAUAACCAUGUUCAAUUGUAUACCAAAAUAUGAUUCCAUUGUGUCGGUUUACUACAUUCUUCUGGGCACUAUUCUUCAUCAGAGAGCACUUCCUCCCUCUUUGGAGCCCAAACUAAACAAUACAGACACAGUCCCGGCAUCACUUGCAGCAGCACUAAGAUAUGGAUAUCAUCUACCAGCUCUUCUGUUGCUCAGGAAAGCAAAAUAAAAAUCUAAACAAAAAGCAAAAAUGGUAUCACGUUUUUUUGUUUUUCCUCCCAAAUGUUUUACAUGAAGUGCCUACAAAACUAGUAAGGUACUGUCCAUUAAAAAAAAAAAUAAUAAGAAAUUGUAAUAUUGUGUUAAAAACAAUUGGGGAUUGAAUAUUUUAAAACUUGUAUUAUUUACUUUAGUACUUUAGAGUCCAGAUGAUGAUAUCCUUUAUCUUCUUAUAAGAAUGUAAGACAGUAAGACUUCUUGGAAUGAUUCAGGGUAAGAUUUGAUGGAAUCACUGCAGUAGUGCCAUUUAAAUUCCAAACGCAUCAUUAUCUUAAGUCGUGGACUUAGAAAACCUUUGGGAUAGACCCUUGACACUGCCGUAUUACUGCAAGUCCUUCCAGUAAAAAACCUAAAACAUAAAUAAAUACCUAAAAACAUAAACUGUACAGCUUCCAGAAUUGAGUGACUAAGCAGUUGCUGUAAACUUAGAUGCUGCAGCUGAAAAUUCCAGUUAUAGAAAAAGUAAAACAGCAUCACAACCUGUUAAAAUGCGUGAAAGAUCAACUGUUUUAUAGGUUAACAUUUAAUUUCAGGUUAUGUACUAAAUUCAAGCCUUUCUCAUAUUGCAAUGGUGGAAUGAUCUCCUGUGUAGCCAAUAAGACAAUAACCACGGCUGCCUUGUGGUCACAAAAAUGAGUUCUCCUGCCAAGAUCUGCAGUCCUUCAGCUUUCAUUACAUCUGACCAGAAUACUUAAUUAUAACCCCAUUAUUCAACGCCCUAAAGCCAGUAAUUCAGCGAGAUAUGCAAGAGUAUACAAGAAGUUUUUUUGGUUUUUUUUAAUGAUUUACCAUUGUACCACUUAACAGUUGUACCACUAAGAUUCAUAUACUUUGUUUCGAAUAAAUGCGAUUUAUAUUUCAAUAUAUUUCUCUUACUCUACGCUAGUGUAGCAGUACAGACACGUCAAUCCAAUCUGUGCAAGACACAUGCUUUUCAGUAGAUGGGAAAGUGCUCUAUUUUCCACACUCCUGUUUGAAACACACCCCUCUGCUGUCCAAUACAGUCUGGUAGCUUUGUGUAGAAAACAGACCUGAUCUGUGAAUUGAAAUGUCAUUUCUGAUAUAAAUAUAACCAGAACAAAAAGGGAUUUACAAAUGAACCUGUGUCGACAGUAUAAAUGGAGGUGUUGGGCUUAUUUUGUCGUCUUUGAGAAAUGCUUCACAACUUUAUAAAACGGUAUCUAUUUAAGAACCAACUGUCAGGAAACCAGAAAGCCAGAACUUCGUCCUGUAUUAAUUGAACUAGUCGAAACCAAUACACGUGUCAUACAUAAUACAUAAAUAUUGUGAAAAGACACCAGUGAGGACGCACAGCUACUGCAAACUUAAUCACUUUCAACAUUACAAUAAACAUUAAAUAACAUUAUUACUAUUCCCUGUAGCUGUAUGUAAAUACAGGCCAGAACAUUAUAUCAUAAAAAAUAAAUUACACUUUGUGAGAUUGGUGAAUAUCGUGCUAGACAGAAAUUUUUCCUGUGCAAAUGACAGUUUGAGUUUUCACCCGCUUCAGUCUUAGAUCUCAGGGAGCUGUUGAAGACAAUACAAUAUUGUCAAUAGCUAUAGGCUUGUGUUUUAGACAGUGCAGUAUUAUGAGCUGCACAGCUGUGCCUGUCACUGCAUUGCAAGCUCAAGGCAAUAGCUGCUAAAUGUGUCAGCCCAGCUGUAUUUUGAGGGGUAUGUUUGGGUCUGGUUGCAGGCUCAGAACUGGCCCUGCCAGGCUUUACUGAUAUUGAAUUUUACCAGGAUACAUACAGUAGGCAGUCAUUCAAGGACAGCAAAAAGAAAAAAAACAAAGGCUACUUUUUCCACUUUUAAGUAUGAAAUUCAGUAGGUUUUCAAAAGGAUCUUUUGAUUCAAUUACAAAAAUCAGUAUAUUCUGAAAACUACAAUAUUGCACCAAAUAUAGUUUUGUUAAAAAAUGUAUUUAUACUAUAUAUGUAUAGCCAUGAUUACACAGCUGUAAAUGAUGUUACAUUGGUCCAAUCUAAGGAAAAAUAAAACAAAAUAUUGUGGCCCUCAAAUGGCAACAUUCGCCUAGGGAUGCAUAUCAGAGACAUUUCAUGACCACUGUCAGGCUUGUAACUACGAAUCACUUGGAGCUGUUAUUACCCGUUCUUCUCUGGAAAGCUGCAGCUUCCCUUUCGGAUACAUUGUCUUAUCUGUUUGCUUGCUGCUUGCUGGAGUGUAGUGGCUCUUAAGCCAAAGGGGGCUGAAAUCCUUUUUGUGCUAAUGAUUUCCCGGGCUUCAAGUUGUACAGUCUCUAUUCUGAACACUUCUUUACUCUAGUCUCUCUAGUUCAGGGAAGGAAAUGUAUAUCCAUUUUGUGCCUAUUGUUGUCUAUUGUUUCCCAAUAAUAAUAGUAAUACUAUUUGUGUUGCUAAUUAAUUGGUAUAAUUCUCAUUUAUAUGUGGUGACCGUUCACAACACAGGGCAGAGAUCUUACUUUACCUAGUUUGGUCAGUUACUGGUUGGUAUUAAAACAGAAGAGAAAAGGUUUUGGGGAAUGUGUUUAAGGCACAACAUACCACUAAUGGAAUAACAACUAUAACUAUAACAACUAGGAGUUUAUGUUGACUCAGAAAUGUCUUCAUCUAGACAAUGUGGGGAAGCUAUAAAAAGGGCCAACAAGGUGCCCGGAUAUAUUGUGAGAAGUGUUGAAUUUAAAUCAAGGGAAGUAAUGUUAAAACUUUACAAUGCAUUAGUAAGACCUCACCUAGAAUAUUGUGUUCAGUUCUGGUCACCUCGUUACAAAAAGGAUAUUGCUGCUUUAGAAAGAGUGCAAAGAAGAGCAACCAGAAUUAUCCCGGGUUUAAAAGGCAUGUCGUAUGCAGACAGGCUAAAAGAAUUGAAUCUAUUCAGUCUUGAACAAAGAAGACUACGCGGCGAUCUGAUUCAAACAUUAAAAAUCCUAAAAGG